AUAUAAUCAGCUGUGUGGUUUAUUAUACAGUUUAUACCCUUUUCAUCUUUUACAAUCCUCCCGGAUCUCUUCCUGUCCAUUUCCAUGUCCACCGACUACCCAUCUUCAUAAAUAGUCCCUCAAUUUCGACUUAUUUACACUCCACACCCUCAACCUCACUAAUUAUUCAUUCCAGCCAUUACUCAAACCCAGUAAAUUACAUUUAACAGGGUCAGGAGAAUCUAAGAUUCGAUUCGUCGGAGGAAAGAUGCUGACUCGGUGCAUCGGAACUCAACGAGUCCUCCGAAUUCAAAGAGCGAUUCGUCAUGCCAAGGUCACCAUCUUCUGUCUCUUCAUGACCGUCAUUGUCCUACGUGGCACAAUCGGCGCCGGAAAAUUCGGUACGCCAGAGCAAGACCUGAAUGACCUCCGUGAACGAUUCUACGCUGCUCGGAAACACGGGGAGCCGCACCGUGUUCUCGUCGAAGCUACUGAGUCAACUCAAAGCAGCGAUAACGAUAACAAAGAGACGAAUAAUUACGCUGCGUUUGACAUUAAGACGAUCUUAGUUGAUGAAGGAGAAGACGAGAAGCCGGAUCCGAAUAAACCGUAUAGUCUCGGGCCGAAAAUAUCCGAUUGGGAUGAGCAGAGAGGUGAGUGGCUAAAGAAAAACCCUAAUUUCCCCAAUUUUAUUGGGCCGAAUAAACCUAGAGUUUUAUUAGUUACCGGAUCUUCACCGAAACCGUGUGAGAAUCCGGUCGGAGAUCAUUACUUGUUGAAAUCAAUUAAGAAUAAAAUUGAUUAUUGUAGAUUACAUGGGAUUGAGAUCUUUUAUAAUUUCGCAUUGCUCGACGCGGAAAUGGCCGGUUUUUGGGCGAAAUUGCCGUUGAUUCGGAAGCUAUUGUUAUCUCAUCCGGAAAUUGAGUUCCUAUGGUGGAUGGAUAGUGAUGCUAUGUUUACUGAUAUGGCGUUCGAAGUGCCGUGGGAAAGGUAUAAGGAUUCAAAUUUUGUUAUGCAUGGAUGGAAUGAAAUGAUUUAUGAUCAGAAGAAUUGGAUUGGGUUGAAUACUGGUAGUUUUCUGUUGAGAAAUUCUCAAUGGGCAUUGGAUAUUUUGGAUGCUUGGGCUCCCAUGGGACCUAAAGGGAAGGUUAGAGAAGAAGCUGGGAAAGUUCUUACUCGAGAGCUUAAAGAUAGGCCGGUUUUCGAAGCGGAUGAUCAGUCUGCUAUGGUUUAUUUAUUGGCUACUCAGAGAGAGAAAUGGGGUGAGAAGGUUUAUCUUGAGAAUGCUUAUUAUUUGCAUGGUUAUUGGGGGAUUUUAGUUGAUAAGUAUGAAGAAAUGAUUGAGAAUUAUCAUCCGGGUUUUGGUGAUCAUCGUUGGCCGCUUGUUACUCACUUUGUGGGUUGUAAGCCUUGCGGGAAAUUUGGUGAUUAUCCUGUUGAAAGGUGCUUGAAGCAGAUGGAUCGCGCUUUUAAUUUCGGUGAUAAUCAGAUUUUGCAGAUGUAUGGUUUUACUCAUAAAUCACUUGCUAGUCGUAGAGUUAAAAGAGUAAGGAAUGAGACUAGCAAUCCACUUGAAGUAAAAGAUGAGCUUGGGUUGCUUCACCCUGCUUUUAAAGCUGUCAAGUUACCAGCUUCUUCAUGAAAGCUAAAAAGGUAUCUUCUUGAAGGCUUUUGAUACUGUAAUGCACUACUCACUUUUGUUGGUUGCUUAUUUAAAGUUGCAGCGCAUGUAAUUGUUAUUUAUUGCUUCUUUGUAGCUUGAAUAUUGUACCAUCCUUUUUUUACUUUUCCAAUAACUUUUGUAUUGUUAGUGUUUAAAUUAUAUUGAUUCUUCAAAGAUAAAAAAAAUCUUGCGACA